AUGGAGUUUCCAGAUGUUUACGACUGGAUAUGCCGUCCAUGUCAAUGGAAGGAAGGCAUGGUUGAACCGCUUGAGCUUACUGUUUUUGCUGAUAGUAAAUAUUCAGUAUUGCUACGCGCCAAGCCUUCCGAUGGAAAGAUGUCUCUCAGUUUCUAUUUCUUGGAGGGUGUUACUUCUAUAGGGAAAUAUGAGAUUGGAAGAUAUGAUAUUGGGAAUUGUAGUGAAGAAUCAAUGCAAAACAAUUUGCUUCCAGUGCUGUUAUGGCUCUUUAUCGAUCCAUUCAUACUUCGUUCCUCACAAGUUAUCUGUGAAGCCGCCUUCUCGGCAUACUUGGACAUGUUCCGGGAAAUGAAGUUAGAGGGAGGCAUAAUUGAACCCACAAAGUUCGGGCUCGUAUUUAACUCUCUAAUCUCUGCUGGGUGUACCUUUUUUACAAAUGACAUGGGAGAUGAACUUGUGUUCGAAAUUCUGGCACAAACACAACAAAAUACUCUGAUACUCAUGGACCUGGGGGGAACACAUCGUUUCAUGGGUAUUUUGGGUUCCACCUUAUUUUUGUUUAGCUAUCUAUCCUCCAACUUCGGUCUUUCAUUGACGCGAAGGAUUUUGAAGAGGAACUCAAGCAUUCAGGAAUCGUAUAUGCAAUUGAUUUUUGAGAGGGUGUCGAGAAUUUCAUACAACUCAAGCAAUGAAAGAUCGUGGAUGAUAAUGUCCUAUUGUCCACUCUCUUCCUUGAAGCCGACAGCAAGGUAUUCGGGCUUCAGGGAAAAAGCACAUCUACAAUGGGCCGACGUAGAACGAGAAAGUAUUCUUUGGGGUUUGAAUAAUAACCAGCUGCAAUGCGUUCUUCAGUUCGAACCCAAAGUCAAGUUGUGUCCUGAUUGCAUUGAAGUUUCCUUGCAUAUGGAUAAUGUCAGGUGCGACGUCUAUUCUUUGGACAUGAUUUCAGAUAAUAAGAGCAUACGUCGUUUACCAAAUGAACGACACUUUCCGGCUAAGAUCUGUUUGAUAAUUGGCCCUGAGAAUGGCUCUGCCGUCCAAUCUGUUUCUCUGUCUGCGUCAUCGCCUAACCCCACCACAGACAUUUUAACCGGUAGCACCAGCGGGGCAACAAUCCAAAGUGAUAGGACGACGGGUUUCAAUGUAUCCCGUUCAACUACAUACACAGAGAGGAUUAGCAGAUGGGACUCAAAUCACUCGGUCGUCAACAAUACCGAGGCAAAGAUAGAGUGGAUUCGGUAUGAUCCCAUCACCAAAAGCCCAGUUUUUGAUAGUGAACCUCCAAAAAUAUCAACUUGGACCAGAAAAGAUUUGAGGUCCAUUUACAAAUCUUCCACUCACCGAGGAACAGUGGUCUUUACCAGGGACGAUUAUCCAAAGCCCAUAACAUGGCGGCUCUACAGGAAUUUGGAGGGACAAACCUUGAAAUGGAAGGUACAAGCUUUCAUCUGGUUAACCUAUUGGCCAAAUACAGAGGGCAUUCGCUAUUCCGAGACUAGAUGCCAUGAUUUUCGUCAACUAGUUGAUCUUACAUUGCAAGAGUCUUCUUCAUCCACAUCCAAUUGAAUUUUCAGAGUGGUGGUUAAAUGUGUUGCCAUCUUAAUUUCUCUGCAUCGCAUGAAAUCUUCUUCAGUUUUUCUG